CAUUCUGCUUCCCGGGAGCCGAGUGGAGCUGGGAGCAGGAUUAGAGCCCGUACCAGCUAUCAGAGGAGCAUAGAUAAAAGGAACUGCCCCUUAACCACCACUGCAGCAGCUCUUGUUAUUUUUUUUUUCUUUCUUUUUCCACACAACAGUUGUACCUCAUUAUCCGGUGCCUGGCUCGAUUUUUUUUUAAGGGUUUGAAGUUUCUGUGCUUCAGUGACUGUUACAGAAGAAGAGGUGCUAGUGUUGCCGUGAGGUCUUGAUUGUCAGCAUUUAUGAAUGAAACUGACCUAAAUCACCUGUUACCUCCAGUUUCCAGAUUCUUUGAACUUCUCUGGCCGCACAAUACAGGAAGGAAGAAGACUAAAGCAGCAGAGAGAACGGCAGCUCCUGCAGCAUGGGCUGGUUCACUGGGAUUGUCUGUCUGUUCUGGGGAGUAUUACUUACAGCAAGAGCAAACUAUCAAAAUGGAAAGAACAAUGUACCAAGGCUGAAACUAUCCUACAAAGAAAUGCUGGAAUCCAACAAUGUGAUUACUUUCAAUGGCUUGGCCAACAGCUCCAAUUACCAUACUUUUCUUUUGGAUGAGGAACGGAGUAGGCUGUAUGUUGGAGCAAAGGACCACAUAUUUUCAUUCAACCUGGUUAAUAUCAAGGAUUUUCAAAAGAUUGUAUGGCCAGUAUCUUACACCAGAAGGGAUGAAUGUAAGUGGGCUGGCAAAGAUAUCUUGAAAGAAUGUGCUAACUUCAUCAAGGUCCUGAAGGCUUAUAAUCAGACUCAUUUGUACGCCUGUGGAACUGGAGCUUUCCAUCCAGUUUGCACCUAUAUUGAAGUUGGACAUCAUCCUGAGGACAACAUUUUUAAACUUGAGGACUCACAUUUUGAAAAUGGCCGUGGGAAGAGUCCUUAUGACCCUAAACUUUUGACAGCAUCUCUUCUAAUAGAUGGAGAAUUAUACUCUGGAACUGCAGCUGAUUUCAUGGGGCGGGACUUUGCCAUCUUCCGCACACUUGGACACCACCACCCAAUCAGGACAGAGCAGCACGAUUCCAGGUGGCUCAAUGAUCCAAGAUUCAUCAGUGCCCACCUCAUUCCUGAGAGUGACAACCCUGAAGAUGACAAAGUUUAUUUUUUCUUCCGUGAAAAUGCAAUUGAUGGAGAACAUUCUGGAAAAGCUACUCAUGCUAGAGUAGGUCAGAUAUGCAAGAAUGACUUUGGAGGACACAGGAGCCUGGUGAAUAAAUGGACUACCUUUCUCAAAGCCAGGCUCGUUUGCUCUGUGCCAGGUCCCAAUGGCAUUGACACCCACUUUGAUGAACUACAGGAUGUAUUCCUAAUGAACUCUAAAGAUCCCAAAAAUCCAAUUGUCUAUGCAGUGUUUACAACAUCAAGCAACAUCUUCAAGGGGUCGGCUGUGUGCAUGUACAGUAUGAGUGAUGUACGGAGGGUGUUCCUUGGCCCCUAUGCUCACAGAGAUGGUCCCAACUACCAGUGGGUGCCAUAUCAAGGGCGAGUCCCCUAUCCACGGCCAGGAACUUGUCCAAGUAAAACAUUUGGUGGAUUUGACUCGACAAAGGACCUUCCUGAUGAUGUUAUAACUUUUGCACGAAGUCAUCCAGCUAUGUACAAUCCAGUUUUUCCUAUUAACAACCGUCCGAUAAUGAUCAAAACAGAUGUCAAUUAUCAGUUUACUCAAAUUGUGGUAGAUCGAGUGGAUGCAGAAGAUGGCCAGUAUGAUGUCAUGUUUAUUGGAACAGAUAUUGGUACCGUUCUUAAAGUAGUCUCAAUUCCUAAGGAGACAUGGCAUGAUUUAGAAGAAGUUCUGCUUGAAGAAAUGACAGUUUUUCGGGAACCAACUACUAUCUCAGCAAUGGAGCUAUCCACUAAACAGCAACAACUGUAUGUCGGUUCAACUGCUGGGGUUGCGCAGCUGCCUCUGCACCGGUGUGACAUUUACGGCAAAGCCUGCGCAGAGUGCUGCCUGGCUCAGGACCCUUACUGUGCUUGGGAUGGCUCAUCAUGCUCUCGCUAUUUCCCUACUGCAAAAAGACGUACAAGACGGCAAGAUAUAAGAAAUGGAGACCCGCUCACUCACUGUUCAGAUUUACAACACCAUGAUAAUCACCAUGGCCACAGCCUAGAGGAGAGAAUCAUCUAUGGAGUAGAGAAUAGUAGCACAUUCUUGGAAUGCAGUCCAAAGUCUCAGCGAGCUCUGGUUUACUGGCAAUUCCAGAGGCGAGAUGAAGAAAGAAAAGAAGAGAUCAGAGUGGAUGAUCAUAUCAUCAGGACAGAACAAGGACUCCUACUACGCAGUCUGCAGAGGAAAGAUUCGGGCAAAUACUUGUGCCAUGCAGUGGAGCAUGGGUUCAUGCAAACACUUCUUAAAGUGACCCUGGAGGUCAUUGACACAGAACAUUUGGAAGAACUUCUUCAUAGAGAUGAUGAUGGAGAUGGCUCUAAGACCAAAGAAUUGUCCAACAGCAUGACACCCAGCCAAAAGAUCUGGUACAGAGACUUCAUGCAGCUCAUCAACCACCCCAACCUGAACACCAUGGAUGAGUUUUGUGAACAAGUUUGGAAAAGGGACCGAAAACAACGUCGGCAGAGGCCAGGACAUUCUCAAGGGAACAGUAACAAAUGGAAGCACUUGCAGGAAAAUAAGAAAGGUAGAAACAGGAGGACCCACGAAUUUGAGAGGGCUCCCAGGAGUGUCUAAGAAGCAUUACCCUUAGAAACCUCAAACAAGUCAAAACUUGCCUAGACAAUAACUGGAAAUAAAAUGCAAUAUACGUGAACUUUUUUUCAUGGCAUUAUGUGGAUGUUUACAAUGGUGGGAAAUUCAGCGGAGUUCCACCACUUAUAAAUUAAGUCCAUGAGUUACUUUCCUACCAGGCUUUCUCUUUAAUUCCAACACCUAAUAGAGAACACAGGUGAGCUCGAAAGUUUGUUUCAGCAGACUUCAUGUUUUCCUGGGAGAUUUCAUUGUACAGGUUUCAUGUUCUUCUUUGCCUGAGAAAUAAAAAUGUCAUUUGCCAUAUUGACAUGAAAAAAAAACUGCAUCAGCAAAGCCAUUUUAUUGAACUAGAAUUUCAAAAUAAACUGCAUGGAUUUACUAACUGAUGAAUAUUCCCAAAUGUGAUUGGAUUCAAGGAUAUUUUUGUCUACCAGCACUCGUGUUUGUAUGUACUGGAGGAGUAACAUAAGUAAAACGAUACUGAAUGAAAUGGUCUGUGGAAAUAUUUUAAAAAAGGCAUAAAUCAUCCAUCAUGCAGAAGAAAAAAUGGAAUACACUGAUCUACUACUGAUGUCUUCUUUCAGCUUUGACCUAAAGAUGUAUUUUAUUAAAACCAUAAUUUAAAUGUACCAUGACAAAUAUGCAGUAAAAAAUAGUUGUUUUCUAAGCUAGAGUAGGUUUCUUACAGUUAUCGUGCUAUAUAGUUUGUUUUAAAAAUUCCAAUUGUGUGCUGCUUUUUUCCACUUUUGUUUUCAGUUCUGUAGGUGAGAUAACUGAUAUUUCUCUAGAGACAUAUCUACAUCGUUAACUGUUAAUUCCUCAAAUAAAGAUAUGAAUUAUACUUUAUUUCUCUGAGGAAAUCAAAGAAAAAGAAGCUGUUCACAACUCCCCUUCUUCAAGUAUUAUCUAAGUUAAUUCUAGCAUGUGUAAUGUUCUUAGAAAAUCAGAAAAUUAAGACAACAUAAAAGGAAAGAAAAAUCAGUUUAUUAAAUACAUUUUAUGACAUUCAGUGGAUAAAUGAAAAGAAAGUUUCAUCAGAGUUAUAAGCACUGUCUUUGUAUAGUAUUAACAGAAAACAUCUUUUAAUUCUGUGCUUGAAAUCACACAUGGUGGUUUGAGACAUAAGACCUUUGUAAUAAUUCCAAUAGAAAUUAUUUCAGUCAAUAUUUGAUUUCGGAAAUGAGAGAGGAAUCAAACCUGUGCAGAACAACAUUAUAAAAUCAUAUUCCCCAACUGUUCCUUUCUGAGUCAGCUGCUUCUUAUCUAACUUUGUUUGAACAAAUUAUACACACACACACACACACUCACAUGCACACACAUAUAUAAAGGUUAUAUGACUCUUCACAUAAACAGGAGUGACAUUUACACAAACUAUUUUCCCGGACAUAACCCACAUUUAGAAAAUGUAAACUUCUUUUCCUUUUCCCAUAAUAAUUUAGAAAAUAAAAUAAAGCUUUUUAAAUUAAGAAUCUCUUUGUUAUCUGAAGAUGAUUCCUUGAGAAUCAUUGAAGUCAAGAUAACUAUGAUUUUCAGCAUAAUCCAUUUUGUGCUCCAUGUUCACACUUCAGAUAUUCCUACCUACGUCUUCACCAAGCACAAAAAUGAAAAUAUACUAUUGCUAAUGAAUGAAGUGACAUUGAAAUUUUAACUGUGGUGUCUUGGGAUUUUAAUUAACUCAGCAUUAAUUUCUCACCUCAGAACAUAUUGAAUUGUUAUUCCCUCUCAGCUGAAAUGUUUCACAGAUGGGAGUUCAUGUUUCAGUUUUAAUGACUAUUCAAAUAAACAAUUUGUUGACAUUUAUUUCAAAUAAAAAUCUUAAAAAUUCAUCAGAUUUUAGGUUCAAUUGACUAAUCAGGAUGUUGCUUUGGGAAGUGUGUCCUCAAAUGAAAGAUGAAUUUUAAAUUGAAGAACACACACCUAUACAUAAAAUAGUGCUUGAAAUAUAAAUCAAAGAACAGAAUGCUUCAAAUAUAGGGCCUACUUUUAUUUUGGUAUAUUUGCCUUAACGAUACUAAAAUUCAGUGUUGUAUUUCAUUCUAAGCUAAUUUCAUUCCAAACAAAUUUGUUUGUAAUAGAAAUAUCUUAUUUCUUCUGGUCCUUAACAAUGAAGGAUUUGCAGGGAUAGAGAUUGUAUGACACCCUCAUGGAAGCCUUCCAAAAUCUAAAUGCAUUUUGUUUAACAUUAUGGAAUAUCAAUAGAAAAAAAAACCUUCAAUUAAAAGUAUCAGAA